CGGUGGGGUGGAGUACAGGAAGCUGCUGUCCCUGAAAAUCUGAACAUGGGCGAAAUCUAAUAACUUCACAAAUCAUUGCUUCUCUUUUUCUUCCUAUUUCGUACCAGAAGUUGCGGAGAUUUGCUAUAUUUUUCUGGAUCCAAUUGGAGAUUUAGGAGAACAGCGAGAAGAUGUCUCGGGGAGUGAUCCAGCCCAGCCAGCAGAAACUGGCAGAAAAACUCACCAUCCUCAACGACAGAGGCAUCGGGAUGUUGACCCGUGUUUACAAUAUCAAAAAGCAAGGACAAGUUUGGAAGGCAUGUGGAGAUCCAAAGGCAAAGCCCUCCUAUCUUGUCGAUAAGAACCUGGAGUCUGCAGUUAAAUUUAUCGUGAGGAAGUUUCCUGCUGUGGAGACGCGUAAUAACAAUCAACAGCUGGCUCAGCUGCAGAAGGAGAAGUCGGAGAUUCUGAAGAAUUUGGCUCUGUACUACUUUACCUUUGUAGAUGUCAUGGAAUUCAAGGACCACGUGUGUGAGCUGCUGAACACUAUAGAUGCCUGCCAGGUCUUCUUUGACAUUACGGUGAACUUUGACCUGACCAGGAACUACCUGGACCUGGUGGUGACUUACACUACUCUGAUGAUCAUCCUGUCUCGCAUUGAGGAGAGGAAAGCCAUCAUCGGACUGUAUAACUACGCCCAUGAGAUGACGCACGGAGCCAGUGACAGGGAAUAUCCCCGGUUGGGCCAGAUGAUUGUGGAUUAUGAGAACCCUCUGAAGAAGAUGAUGGAGGAGUUUGUUCCACAUGGAAAGUCCCUCUCAGAUGCAUUGAUCAGUCUUCAGAUGGUCUAUCCCAGGAGGAAUCUGUCUGCUGACCAGUGGAGGAACGCCCAGCUACUUUCUCUCAUCUCUGCUCCCUCCACGAUGCUCAAUCCUGCUCAGUCAGACACUAUGCCUUGUGAGUACCUGUCACUGGACGCGAUGGAAAAGUGGAUUGUGUUCGGCUUCAUUCUGUGUCACGCGGUGCUGAACAGUGACACAGCAGCUCUGUCUCUGUGGAAGUUGGCUCUGCAGAGCUCCACCUGCCUCUGCCUGUUCAGAGAUGAAGUCUUCCACAUCCACAAGGCUGCAGAGGACCUGUUUGUCAACAUCAGAGGGUACAACAAACGCAUCAAUGACAUCAGGGAGUGCAAAGAACAGGCCCUGUCUCAUGCAGGCUCCAUGCACAGAGAGAGACGCAAAUUCCUUAGAUCCGCCCUUAAGGAACUGGCUACUGUCUUAGCUGACCAGCCUGGACUUUUAGGUCCAAAGGCGUUAUUUGUGUUCAUGGCAUUGUCAUUCGCCCGCGAUGAGAUCAUCUGGCUGCUUCGACAUGCCGACAACAUCCAGAAGAAGAGCACAGAUGAUUUUAUAGACAAACAUAUAGCAGAACUGAUCUUCUACAUGGAGGAGCUCAGAGCUCACGUCAGGAAGUACGGGCCUGUGAUGCAACGUUACUACGUCCAGUACCUGUCUGGUUUUGAUGCUGUGGUUCUGAAUGAAAUGGUGCAGAACCUGUCGGUGUGUCCGGAGGAUGAAUCAAUAAUCAUGUCUUCAUUCGUCAACACUAUGACCUCGCUCAGUGUCAAACAAGUGGAGGAUGGAGAGGUGUUUGACUUCAGAGGCAUGAGACUGGACUGGUUUAGAUUGCAGGCUUACACCAGCGUCUCUAAAGCCAGUCUGGGUAUAGCCGAUCACAAAGAGCUUGGGAAAAUGAUGAACACCAUCAUCUUCCACACAAAGAUGGUGGAUUCUCUGGUGGAAAUGCUUGUGGAGACGUCAGAUUUGUCCAUUUUCUGUUUCUACAGUCGCGCGUUUGAAAAGAUGUUUCAGCAGUGCUUGGAGCUGCCCUCCCAGAGCCGACACUCCAUCUGCUUCCCUCUCCUCUGCACACACUUCAUGUCCUGCACUCAUGAGCUCUGUCCCGAGGAGCGUCACCACAUAGGGGAUCGGAGCCUGUCGCUGUGCAACAUGUUCCUGGACGAGAUGGCCAAACAGGCCAGAAACCUGAUUACUGACAUCUGCACUGAGCAGUGUACACUCAGCGACCAGCUGCUGCCGAAACACUGCGCAAAAACCAUCAGCCAGGCCGUCAACAAGAAGAGCAAGAAGGCGACGGGGAAGAAGGGCGAGCCAGAGAGGGAGAAACCAGGAGUGGAGAGCAUGAGGAAGAACAGACUACUGGUCACCAAUCUGGAUAAACUCCACACAGCACUGUCCGAACUCUGCUUCUCCAUCAACUACGUUCCCAACCUGGUGGUGUGGGAGCACACGUUCACACCGAGAGAGUACCUCACCUCGCACCUGGAGAUCCGAUUUACCAAGUCCAUAGUUGGGAUGACCAUGUACAACCAGGCUACUCAGGAGAUAGCCAAGCCCAGCGAGCUGCUGACCAGCGUCCGAGCAUACAUGACGGUUCUGCAGUCCAUAGAGAACUACGUCACCAUCGACAUCACCCGGGUCUUCAACAAUGUCCUCCUGCAGCAGACGCAGCACCUGGACAGCCACGGGGAGCCCACCAUCACCAGUUUAUACACAAACUGGUACUUGGAGACGUUGCUCCGUCAGGUCAGUAACGGACACAUCGCCUACUUCCCCGCCAUGAAGGCCUUCGUCAACCUGCCCACAGAGAACGAGCUGACUUUCAACGCUGAGGAGUACUCCGACAUCUCUGAGAUGCGCUCGCUGUCGGAGCUGUUGGGGCCGUACGGUAUGAAGUUCCUCAGUGAGAGUCUGAUGUGGCACAUCUCGUCACAGGUCGCUGAGCUGAAGAAACUGGUGGUAGAAAACCUGGAGGUGUUGACCCAGAUGAGGACAAGCUUUGACAAACCAGACCACAUGGCUGCACUCUUCAAGAAACUCACCUCUGUGGACAGUGUUUUGAAGAGGAUGACCAUCAUUGGGGUCAUUCUGUCUUUCCGUUCUCUCGCUCAGGAGGCUCUGAGAGACGUCUUGUCGUGUCACAUUCCUUUCCUGGUCAGCUCCGUGGAGGAUUUUAAGGACCACAUCCCCCGAGAGACAGACAUGAAGGUGGCCAUGAAUGUUUAUGAGCUGUCCUCAGCAGCAGGUUUACCCUGUGAAAUCGACCCAGCUCUGGUGGUGGCUCUAUCCUCUCAGAAGAGUGAGAACAUCAGUCCAGAGGAAGAGUACAAGAUUGCCUGUCUGCUGAUGGUGUUUGUGGCCGUUUCCUUGCCAACGCUUGCCAGCAACGUGAUGUCACAGUACAGCCCUGCCAUAGAAGGUCAUUGUAACAACAUCCACUGUCUGGCCAAAGCCAUCAAUCAGAUCGCUGCUGCUCUCUUCACCAUCCACAAGGGAAGCAUCGAGGAUCGGCUCAAGGAGUUCCUGGCUUUGGCUUCAUCCAGUUUGCUGAAGAUCGGUCAAGAAACAGACAAGAUGACGACCCGUAACAGAGAGUCUGUCUACCUGCUGCUGGACAUGAUCGUCCAGGAGUCUCCGUUCCUGACCAUGGACCUGCUGGAGUCCUGCUUCCCCUACGUCCUGCUGCGAAACGCCUACCACGCCGUCUACAAACAGAGCAUCAGCGCCAGCGCAUAGACGCACAUGCAGCGAAGGCCUAACGUUCCUGUCUACCGUCUGAGCUUUGCCGCUCGCGUGUAGACACUCACACACUACCAGAACACACUAAAUCCAAACUAAACACACUAAUCGACGCCUCAAGGUUUGAUUCUGACAGAUGAAACAGUACUGUUGAUGUGUACAUAAAAAUGUUGGCACACUAAACGCGUAGCAUUUAUAAAGAAAUUGAAUUACAGAACGAACCAAACUACUCAGAACUGGAGGAUGACAAGAACAACAAUAACAAAAACAACAGAUAAACACUAGCUGGUCGAAGUUGGGGAUCAGUAUCUUUUAUUUUAAUCGUUUUUCCAUGAUGUUGCCAGGGACCAUUACCAUAGCAACACAUAAUAUACAAUGUUUGGAUGGUAUUAAAGAACAAAAAUAUAAAUAUAUAGAAUAUAUAUAGCUGACACUGAAAUAUUCCUUUUGUUUCUUAUUUUUAUUGAAAGUUUUGAGAUUUUUAGUGUCCAGCUGAAAACUUCUGGUGAUGGAUUUGGAUGCUUAUUUUGGGAAUGCAAAUGAUUUUGAUGUGAUGUGGGGUUGUGUUUCUUUUCUUUUUAUUUUUGUUAAGGGGGAAGGCAGGUGAGGACUUCCUGUGUCGAUACUGAAAGAUAUGUUGCUCAUAGGUUUACACAAACUGUACGUACACACACUGACGGUCAUCCUGAGCAGAUAUGAAGCCACACACACAAAUCUUUCUCCUUUUCAUCGCAUUCAGACACUCUUGUGUGACAUGGUGAUGCUUUUUUUUUUUCUUUUUUUUUUUAGCUAGGUGUAACUAAAUGACCUUUUUGUGGGUAAAAAUAUAAUAUCUGUAUUCUACUUUGAUGUGAACUGAACUUGUCUGUUUUUAAUGUUUAUGUUUUGUUACUUUCACGAUGACGACAAUGAUGAGAAUUUGCCAAAUGUGUUGACACUAAAAUUUUGUGUAUCAGGGCUUGUAAGUGGUGACGUGUGCGAUGCCAUUUCAAGUGGGCGGGUUGAUGCUGACUUAGCGGCAGCUGUUGACAGAAAGGGUGACAGGAACAUUUUACUGUGGGAACAAGCAGCAGAAACACUUCCCCACAGCUGUAAAUAAUUGGCUUCUGGUUCAUUAGGUGCAACUUUUUUUUCUUCUUGGACAUCGGAUUGAAAAUAGAACACUUCUGUCGACUUGUGGCCUCUGAAAAGAGGAAAUUUCUUGUUUUCCACGUCUUAUUUUUACACUUUAAUAUAAUUGAAGCAGCUGUGGAGAGGUGACCAUCUACGCUCUGAGGUUUGAUUUAUGUGUUAGUGUUUAACUUUAACAGGAAUUAAACCAGUUCCUCUAAAAAUAAAUUAAUCUUGAUUGACUCAGACUAAUAAACGUCUGCAAAAACCAGGAGCUGCAAUAAAAAAACAAAAGAAUAUUUAUCUGUACACACUCCUGAUGUUUUCAAUAGAACAACAAACUUUCCAUCCUUUGUUUUUAGAAGAGAAACAAGACCUCAGAGGGCAAACAACUUUUACUAAACCUAGUCUGGUUUAUUUUAUACAAUUUUUUUCAUCAAUCAAGGCAUUGCAAGGGCUUCAUAUGAGGACACGUAUAGGUCAGCCCUCUGCUAAUGUAUCACUGACACCAGGGCUCUGUCUCAAAGCUUAUUCUGCACACUCACCAGGAAUUUCACCUUAGACUGAAAGUUUACACCUACAAGUCUCAAACACUACUUCAGGUUGUUUCUGCUGCCUAUCCAGUCAGUUAUGUGCAUUAUAAAGUUCAAGGACAGGUCUGUGGAUGCAUUCUGCCAUUUGAUGUGGAAUGAUUGCUGGUUUCUUUCUAACCUUUUUUUUUUUUUUUUUUUUUUUUCUUUCGUGUUUCUGAUUCUACCGUGUAACUUAAAUUACAUCAAUAAAAUAAACUUCAGGGCUGUGUCAGACCUGA